AUGGCCCCAGAGUCAUUUGGCCGAGUCGAGGCAGUCGAGCGGAGAGUCUCGGCUGCCAUGGCGCCUCCCCAGGCACCCAACCAGCCGCCGCCGUCAACGCUGGCUGCGCAGCUUGUCGAGAACUUUUCCGCCUCGGUGCGGUCGUCCCGCGCUGCAGACGAAACCGCCGAGCUGCAGAAGUUCCUGCCGGUGAUAGAGCGUAUAAAAAACGAUCCCGAGCUGCUCAAGACGGCCCAAGAUCGCAUCGAGCACAACCACAUGUUGAUAUACGUGUUUGGGCUCAUCUCGCUCGAUGGCCUUAAAUGGGGCGAUCCAUUCGUAUCGCGUGCUCAGAUCAAGCAGCUCGAGGCCGAAACCCUCAAGGCCGUCAACUUUCUCAAGAUGACCAUUCGCGAAACCCCUGCAGUCCUUGCUUACGUCGCGGAGGAGGGCACCUUUCUGUUCCGCAAGAGCGAGCCUCUGUGGCUUUGGAUCUUGCCCAGAGUCUUGAGGCUUCUCGGCAUGGAGACGGCAUCAGCCGUGUCCCAUCCCAUUGAGGAGCUUUGCCGUUUUGUUUUGCUUACUGCGAACCAGCACUGCGACCUGUGGGGCCAUACUGCCGGGAUUCUGCGCUACCUCCAAGGAUGUGUUGACUCUACUCUGGGUCAUCUCUUUGAAACUCCUCUCAUCAGUGUAAAAUCUGCUUUCCCCUCAAAAUUGCCCACCAAGGAUUUCCUGCCCGAUGCGUCCUUUCAGGACUGCACCUACAAGGUAGCUACAGUGAAACAUGCACUUGAAAACGCAUCAUCUGUUCUUUGCAUAAUAUGCGGCGCCGUCGUAUCGACCAGUCAACCUGAGCUGGCUCUUGCUUCAUCUUUCCAACAGACCAUACCGUGGCUUGUCGAUUCGUUGCAGUCGUAUUACGGCGUGCACGAAAGCUAUGCAAACGGCUUGGAUGUUAAGUCGGUCGCCGUUCUGCAAUGCCUUGUGGAUUUAAUAGCAUCCCAGUACGCUCCAUUAGAUGUCACAAGCAGCGACGUUCACUAUAAAACGUUUAGUGUCUUGGUUCUUUUGUGCGGCCGCUUUCUGGAACCGGCCUCAGAGCUCUUCGCCACCGAUGAUAAUGGUGUAGCGGCCAGGAAAGUUUUUAGUUUUGCUCUUGUCUACAUCAGUCAUGCUGCAGUUAGAUACAAACCAAUUAGCCGGCUUGCCGUUUCCCAGAUACUCAACCCAUUGGGCACCCUGGCUUCACAGAUUAAUGAACUUGGACCUGGCACAGACAUUACGCAUUGUAUAAGCCUCCUGACCAACGCGAGCUCUAGUACAGACCCGGGAAGCUUCCACCCCGGCGUUCAGCUCGACAGUUUUGUCGAACCAUCACUCAGGCAAUGUGUUGCAAAGCUGAAACUUUAUAAAAAGCCUGUCGGUGAAUCUCAGCCAUCGGCCAAGCGCAGGAAACUUUCAACAGAACCAAGACUACUUCCUCACCUCCUAAGCUCUAUCUGCAGAAUCUUCAAUGCCGAUGCUUUGCAAGACUACACUUUGCUUGAGAAUCUUAUAUCGAAUGGCCUGUCGUCACUCGAUGAGCAUCACGCUUGUCAAGUCCUCGAACUACUUUCCUAUGUAUCCUGUGCUACCGACAAUACCCUGACCAUGACCAGCAGCACUUCCAACACGCAAAAUCUACACUGCACAUUCUGCUCAUUUUAUGACAGGGGCCGCAAGACUCCAUUGUGCUUCGACAUUAGCGCAAAGUCAAUGGUUGCCAGGGUCUUUGGGCACAUCGUCAAACUGCCCUCUCUAACCAAUUCUAAGAAGUCCAGGGUCGUGGCGAUGAUGGCCUUGAGGAAAGUAGUGUCGCAUACUAGAGACCCCGAUCUGCUGGACCUGGAAAAGUCGGUGACUGGUCACUGGUGCGUUCAGUCACUGAACAGCUCCGUAAGGGAGUUGCGUAUUGCGGCUGGGAGGACUCUUGCCGUGUUUUUGCAGGGCUCUGAAUCAGCAACACGAGGGACCAGAGACUUGGUUGCGCGGAACAAGUCGAUCGCACUCGGUCUUCUGAAGACCCUUUCUGAUAAGAACAUUGCCCACUUGAAUGAAACAUGUAUAAUGGCGUGGGGCCAGGUUGGAAUGUACGUAUUGCUCCCAUUGUUUGUUGCCCUGCCCUACUUCCAGCUAACGUUUCGUAGGGUUGUGUCCGAUGAAGGAUUGAGCUUAGUCCUCGUGAAACUCCUCGACUUUUUGGGACACAGCAAUACAAUGAUUUCAGCGUUUGCUUUCAACGAAAUACUGAACCUUGCUGCAGCCCGUAAAACAACGCCGCGGCGAUUGUUCGACCCAUUUUGGAGGAGUAUAGCCUUCUCAACCGUCAAAGACAUGAUAUCUAGGCCUCAAACCACACGACUCACCGCAGAGCUACUACAAAUCAGCGUAUCGAAUCACUUGCUGUCGAUUCAGCAGUACGCCUUGCCAUGGCUUGUUUUGACCAAGAAGAGGGAGAUUGUACAAAAGAUCGCCGAGGCUCGCGGCGAGAAAGCUGCAUGGCAGCCUAUUCUCGACUGCAACAAUCUUGCUUACAUUCUUGCAUUGCUACUUGUCCAAGACGUUCCUGACACACACGAGUUUGUUCUGAGUAGCUUGCGGCAAAUUUCGCCGCACUUUAACAAUACGGAACUUGCUGCUCUGAUCGCCGCAGAUCCUGUCCUUACGGUGCUGGAACUCCUGCGAGAUGCAGGUGAAGGUAACGAAGAGAAGAAAGCUCGCGUCCGCUCCGCCCUGUUGCUCAUGGCAGAGCUUACCCUUGAUAACCAUCUGAAGCGAGAUUACAAGAAGAAAAAGGACAUGGUGGCUCGUUAUCUCCAAAUCCACGCACUAGGCUUGACAUCACAUAUCACUGAAACGCUGAAGGAGAGUUCCCCUACGCAUUGCUCCGUUCACGAGCAAAAAAGAUCCCUUCGAGCCAUGGAGGAAAUGAUCAGGCUAGGCCGCUUCUUCAUAAGAAUUGUCAGGCCCCAGAUUACUGCAUUUUUACUUACGGCCCUAGCAUAUGAUGAUCUCAGACCCGCUGCAAUGUCCUGCUGGGCCGUACUGCUCAAGAAUCUCGAAGAUGACGACGUUGAUGUUUUGCUGGAAACCACUUUCUUCAUUAUCGGCCAUUACUGGCAUCUUUUCGAUGAAACAACCAAAACCGUCUGCCAGGAGAUGUUGAACUCUCUUCUUACGAACAAUCAGGAUAUGCUUCAGGCAAAAAUCUAUGAGCUGCCAUCUUUUGCUCAGCUCUCCGACCUUGUUGAUAUCGAGGCUCGUCUCAACUCUCUCAGGACUCCCCUGGAAACUAGAGAUGCCUUCUUGAUCUUUGCAAAGAGGAUCGGCAACGAAAACCCAGGUGUUGUUCUUCAAGCCCUCAAGGAGCUAUCUCCUUACCUGCGCGCGAAUCAGUCCUACUUGCAGGCCUCGGCUAUUAGUGAGAAGCCUGAAACAUCGGUUACUACCCUAAUGCGGGCUCUGCUCGAUUGCUCUGCCAGGUAUAACAGCGUCCAUCUCGAGAUCAGUAGUCUAUGUGUCCAGUGCCUUGGAAACGUUGGCUGCCUUGAUUCAAAUCGACUCGAAACCGUUCGGGAGAGUCGCCAGUUCGUUGUAGCUAGAAACUUCGAAGAUGCUGGCGAAACUACCAACUUUGUGUUAUUCAUUCUAGAGGAGAUCUUGGUCAAGGCAUUUCUUUCAACGACCGACACCAGCUUCCAAGGUUUCUUGUCCUACGUUAUGCAGGAGCUUCUCGAAAGGACCGACUUCAAAACAGCUUACGUGCUCAGAGGGGGCGAAAGCGCGCAUGUAUACCAGAAGUGGUUGGCGCUGCCCGAGAGCGUACGAGAAGUCCUGCAGCCCUUUAUGAGCUCGCGAUACCGCAUUAAUGCGAUACCGAGCGACAAUAUUGAGUAUCCUCUUUUCCGCCCCAACAAGCCGUAUGCCAACUGGCUCCGGACGUUCGUGUUCGACCUGCUGCACAAAGGACAGAAUCCUUUUGCGCAGAUAUUGUUUGAGCCGCUGCGGCGCGUGAUCAAAGUGAAAGAUCCGAUUGUCUCGGAAUUUCUACUUCCAUAUUUGGUGGUUCAUAUAGUGGUCGGGGAUGACACGGUCCAGAAAGACCGCAAAAAUGUGCUUGAAGAGUUGAAGAGUAUUCUGCAGCUGGAGCUGCGAGACAAUGCCUCUUAUGCGGAGCGGGAUAAUAUGAAGCAAUAUUGCGAGGCAGCCUUCCGGGUUUUAGACUACUCCAUGAGAUGGUUACAGGCACGAAAAGUGCAAAUCAAACAUGAGGACAGUCAUAGCCGCGAGGCUAUACGGAGGGUAGAGCAGCUCAUCAACUCAAUACCUGCUGACCUCCUCGCAAGACGAGCCAUGGAGUGCGGACAGUAUGCAAGGGCUCUGUUUCACCUCGAGCCACACGCGGCCAAAAUGCGGGAUAAUGCCAAAGCGGACCCAGAAGAAACAACACGUUUGAUGUCAGAACUGCAGUUCAUAUAUACGCAAAUCGAUGAGCCAGAUGGCUUGGAGGGUAUCUCAGCCAGCCUAGGCGUAGUCGAUCUCAACCAACAGAUUCUGAGCCACCGGAAAGCAGGUCGGUGGUCACAGGCACAGUCAUGGUACGAAAUCCAGCUGGCGGAGGAGCCAGGAAAUGUAGAUGCUCAGCUUGACCUCCUCAAUUGUCUUAAGGAGUCUGGGCAAUACGAUGUCUUGCUGAACUACGUGGAAGGCAUCAAGACAACACCAACUACGAUUAAUAGGAUCGCUCCGUUUGCUGUCGAGGCGUCGUGGGCAACAGGCCGGUGGGAGACAUUGCAAAAGUAUUUGGCCUCAUAUAAUGCGGGUGACACCACUGAGGUUUUCAACCUGGGAAUUGGUCAAGCCCUGAUCUGUCUACGAGAGGGACGCCGUGACCAGUUUCAUGGUUACGUCCAGCUUCUCAGGGAGAGAGUUGGCUCGUCAUUGUCAUGGUCAACUACUUCUUCCCUGCAAGCUUCUCAUGAUGCGAUGCUGAAAGCGCACGUGCUGGCGGAUCUAGAGCUCAUCGCAGAAAAGCGUGGGGGUGCUGGUGAUGAGGCUGUGAACCAGCAAGCUGUGUUGACAACACUUAACCGUCGGCUAGAGGUCAUUGGUGCUUAUGUUAACGACAAGCAAUAUGUUUUGGGCAUUAGAAGGGCGGCAAUGGAGCUGAUGCGGCCUGAUUUUGGGGAUGGCGACAUCUCUUCGCUCUGGUUGACGAGUGCGCGUCUCGCAAGGAAAGCGGGAUCAAUGCAUCAGUCGUUCAAUGCCGUACUCCAUGCACACCGCUUAGGAGAUGGACUGGCCACGAUCGACAACGCCAGACUACUAUGGAAAGAAGGCAACCACCGCAAAGCAAUUCAGGUCCUGCAGAGCGCCAUCAAAGGCAACAACUUCAUAGGCCCUGGCCUGGGUUCCGUCCCACCUACAUCGAGCAAAAAUCCCGAAUCAGAGAAGAAGCUCCUGACUGCCCAGGCACACCUAUUGCUAGCGAAAUGGCAAGAGUCUGCCGGCCAGACCCAUACCAGUGCCCUUCGCCAGCAGUUUCAAACUGCGGCAAAAACGCACUCGCAGUGGGAGAAGGGCCACUACUACCUUGGUCGCCACUACAAGAAGGUACUCGAGUCAGAAGAGGCCCUCAAGCCUGAUGACCAGAGUGACGAGUAUCUGAGUGGAGAAACGGCAAAGUUGGUCAUUGAGAACUACAUUCGUUCUCUUAAUUAUGGAACAAAGUACCUCUAUCAGACCCUACCGCGGAUCCUUACUUUGUGGUUAGAGCUCGGAGCUCGAGUAGACAAGGCACCGGAGGGUAAGGUGUCGCUGUCGCGCGAAUUGUAUCAGCGGCGCAAGCAGCAGCUAGAGGAGCUACACAAAUACCUUACGAAACACAUGCAGAAGAUGCCAGCAUACAUAUUCUACACGGCACUCCCCCAGAUUGUAGCACGGAUAGCCCACCCUCACCCGGCAGUCUUCCAACUCUUGCAAUCAAUCAUAGUAAAAGUGGUCGAAGCGCAUCCUCGACAAUCGCUCUGGAGUUUGUUAGGCGUAAUGACCUCUAAGAUACCGUCCGAGAGGCGCUCCAGAGCUGUCCAGAUCAUCUCGGUACUGUCGAAAUUUGGUAACGGCAGGAAGGUGGAGGGUGCCAGCUUUGAUCUGAAGCAGCUCAUGCGGAUGGGCGAAAAGCUGGCCGAACAGCUUCUGUCAGCAUGCAACAACGGCGAUUUCCAAAGUAACAGGACAACAGUUGCCAGUCUUAGUCGGGAUUUAGGAUUCAACUCGAAAUGCACGCCGUGUCCCUUGGUGGUCCCGAUCGAGAAAACUCUGACGGCAACUUUGCCAGCCCUGACGGGCAAUGUCCGGAAGCACAAGGCUUUCAGCCAGGACCUGAUAACUCUGGAUUCGUUCCUUGAUGAAGUCCUAGUUUUGAGUUCGCUGGCCAAGCCGAGAAAGCUACAGGCUCGCGGGUCGGACGGCAACAUCUACGGUGUGCUGGUGAAGCCUAAGGACGACUUGCGGACGGAUCAGCGUCUAAUGGAAUUCAACGGCAUGAUAAACCGAUCUCUGAAGCGUGAUGCCGAAAGCAGUCGAAGGAGACUGUACAUCCGAACCUAUGCCGUCACACCGCUGAAUGAAGAGUGCGGCAUCAUCGAAUGGGUUGAUGGCCUCAAAACUCUCCGAGAUAUCUUGCUCAACAUAUACAAGGCGAAGGGGAUCUCCCCUAACUACGGGCAGAUCCAGACGCUGAUGCGUGAUGCUGCAGCUGGAGAUGGCAGGAACGUCCGGGUGUUCACAGACCAGGUCCUUGCUAUGUUCCCUGCAGUGCUGCCCUCGUGGUUUAUGUCACAGUUCCCGGAGCCGUCAGCAUGGUUCGCUGCUCGUCUCAAAUACACAAGGUCCUGUGCGGUCAUGUCCAUGGUGGGCACAAUCCUGGGACUCGGGGACCGGCACGGCGAGAACGUCCUACUUGAGGAAGGGAAUGGCGGCGUCUUCCACGUCGACUUCAACUGCCUCUUCGACAAGGGCCUUACGUUUGCGACUCCGGAGCGCGUACCGUUCCGACUGACGCACAACAUGAGGGCCGCAAUGGGCAUCUACGGGCACGAGGGCCCCUUCCGCAAGUGCUGCGAGCUGACGUUAAGUAUCCUCCGGCAGCAAGAGGAAACGUUGAUGACGAUUCUUGAGGCUUUCAUCUAUGACCCCACGCUGGACCUUCAGAGGGACAAGAAGCGCGACCGGGUGGGUGGGCACGGGACGGUGAGGCUGAACCCGCACAGCGUCGUGGAGAGCAUCAGGCGCAAGGUCAAGGGAUUGCUACCAGAGGAGAGUAUCCCGCUGGGCGUGGAGGGUCAGGUAGAGGAGCUGAUCAAGCAGGCUAUUGAUCCGAGGAACUUGACGGCCAUGUAUAUUGGGUGGUGUCCUUUUCUGUGA